GCCAACCGGCCAUGGAAUUAGAGAAACGCCCGAGGGUAAUUCCACACCAAACACUUCGCCUGGAAGUAUACUCUCUCUCUCUCUCUCUCUCUCUCUCUCUCUCUCUCUCUCUCUCUCUCUCUCUCUUUUACACAAAAGCCCACCAUACAGCAUGAGAGCAAUUUAGGAAUUCUACUCUUCAGCAUAUUAAUUUAGUGGAAAAAAAUAAAAAUAAAAGCAGCCUCCCACCAACAAUUUUAUGACACGGGACAAGUGGAGGCUUUCAAUUCGAAGAAAGGAACACAAGAUCUAAUCCACACGUUCCCUUAGCUCUUACAUUCCCAUCUCAGAUUAAGAUGCCGUCAGCCUUUACCAUUUCAUUAUAGCCCUGCUCGCUCUCUCUCUCUCUCUCUACGAAAUCACCCAAUGGGUAUCAAACAAUUCAUGAUCUCCUUCAUACUAGCUACCAUUCUCCUUUCAACUCUCUUCGUAUCAUUCCAAUUCGUCGGAUCUAUCGCCGGAUUCCGGCCACUGGUAAAAAAUCACUACGACGACAUCGCAAAAUCCAGCAGCAGGCCUAGGAAGCCGCCGUAUCCCGUUUCAUUUGCAUAUUUGAUCUCUGCCUCCAAAGGCGACGCACAGAAGCUGAAAAGAACGGUGCGCGCGCUGUACCAUCCCGCGAACUACUAUCUCCUCCACAUGGACUACGACGCACCAGCGUGGGAGCACCGGGAGGUGGAACGAUUCGUGUCCGGCGAGGUGGUUUUCAGGGAAAUGGGCAAUGUUUGGGUGGUUGGGAAGCCAAACUUGGUGACCUACAGGGGCCCAACCAUGCUGGCUACAACUCUCCAUGCAAUGGCCAUGCUUCUGAGGAGCUGCCAGUGGGACUGGUUUAUCAACCUCAGUGCCUCUGACUAUCCCUUGGUUACUCAAGAUGAUUUGAUUCACGCAUUUUCUGGGUUGCCCAGAAACCUCAAUUUCAUACAGCACAGCAGUCAUUUGGGGUGGAAACUCAACAAGAGAGGGAAGCCAAUCAUAAUAGACCCAGCGCUUUACAGCCACAACAAAUCAGAGAUCUGGUGGGCUAUAAAACAGAGGAGUCUCCCAACCUCUUUCAAGCUGUAUACAGGUUCAGCCUGGACAAUAUUAUCGAGAUCCUUUGCAGAGUACUCUAUAGUGGGGUGGGACAAUCUGCCAAGGACUCUCCUGCUUUACUACACAAACUUCGUGUCAUCCCCAGAGGGAUACUUCCAGACACUCAUCUGCAAUUCUGAGUACCGUAACAGCACGGUGAACCAUGAUCUCCACUACAUCACUUGGGAUAACCCUCCCAAGCAACACCCUAGGUCUCUCGGCCUCAAGGAUUUCAGAAGAAUGGUUCUCAGCAACCGUCCCUUCGCCAGAAAGUUCAGGAAAAAUGACCCUGUUCUCGACAAGAUCGAUCGUGACCUUCUCAAAAGGCGCCGAGGGAAAUUCACUCGCGGAGGAUGGUGUGAUCGCCAACAUGUAAAGCCGCCGGAGACUUGCUCGAGUUUGCAUGCCGAGAAGAACGUCGUUUUGAGACCCGGAUCAGGAUCCCGAAGGCUGAGAAUUUUGUUUUCUAAAAUCCUCUCCGCAAGAAAUUUCAAUAAACGACAAUGCAGAUGAUUAUUUUUUUAAAUCAGAUUUAAUAAUAUAAGAGUCUGUAUAUCUUCUUUGAUAUAUAUUUUUAUUUUUAUUUUUUUGAAAAAGUGAGGCUAAUUUUUCUAUUAUUUUUUGUAUCAAUGGUAAUAAUUUAAUCAAUAGAUUGGAGACUACGUACACAAAUGAUAUAUUAUAGCUUUUUCUAUU